AUGUCCUCCUUCCCUAAGCACUCCUUCGAGCAGGCUUACGACCAUGCCUUCCCUCCAAGCCCACCCAACGGCAACAACAAUACCUCUGCUACCGGCUCAGAAGUACCAUCAAGGGCAACCUCUCCAUCACAGGCUUACAGCAAUAGCAACUAUAACACCAACUCCUUGGCGGCGAGUGGUCCAGGACUGUCGACUAUCUCCGAACGGUCUCCUUUGAUCACUAAGGCUCCCAUCCAGAACCACCCUGGUUCCUAUACCUCUAUUAACAACAACAAUGACGACGAAGGUGAAUAUCACCCUAGCAACAACCACCACAGCCACGGCACAUCGGUCUCGUCGACCGACACCCUUCUCGAGCAAGGAAACAGCAGCUGUUCAGGCCAGUACAUGUCGAUUCAUGACCUGACCGUACGAGAGUUUAAGAUCUUGCUGCGGUACUCGGGGCCAGUCGUGCUCACUUACGUCCUCCAAAACUCGCUCCAGCUCGCCAGUUUGGUCUCUCUUGGUCAUCUUGGAUCCAUUGAAUUGGCUGCCUCCUCUUUGGCCUCGAUGUUCGCCGCUGUAACAUGCUGGUCCGUCUCGCUCGGUACAGCUACGGCCCUGGAUACCCUCUGUUCCCAGUCCUAUACCAGCCAUCAUCCCCACACCCUCGGACUCCACCUCCAGCGUGCCAUCCUUGUGCUGAUGGUCCUCUUUGUCCCAAUUGCCGGUGUCUGGCUUUCGUCCGAGUACAUCUUUAUGCUCUUGGGCCAGGAGCGAGCUCUUGCUCAGCAUGCGGCGCUCUUCCUGCGCGGGCUCUUGCCUGGCGCACCCGCGUUUUUGAUCUUUGAGUGUGUCAAGAAAUACCUUCAGGCUCAAGGAAACAUGCACGCCAGCACAUAUGUCCUCCUCAUUGCCUCGCCCAUCAAUGUUUUCCUUAACUACACCCUCGUCUGGAACAAGUACAUCGGUAUGGGAUACAUCGGAGCACCACUUGCCACGUCGAUCUCGUACUGGAACAUGUUGAUCCUUUUGUUGCUCUAUAUUCGCUUCAUCGAUGGAUACCAGGGCUGGGGCGGCUGGAGCCGGGACUGCUUGACUGGAUGGCCUGCAUUCUUGAAGCUGGCGCUCCCCGGUGUGAUGAUGGUCUGCACCGAGUGGUGGGCUUUUGAGGUCGUCUCGUUGGCCGCCUCGUACCUCGGAACGGUUGCCCUGGCAGCACAGUCGAUUGUUGUCCAAACAUCCGGAUUGUUGUACACUGUCCCCUUUGGUAUCUCGAUCGCUGCCUCGAAUCGCGUUGGCAAUCUGAUUGGAUUGGGCGAUGCUCGUUCUGCCAAGGUCGCUGCCCGUGUCUCGAUUGCGCUGUCGAUCAUCUUUGGCAUGGUCAACUCGACCAUGUUGAUUGUCUUCAAGGACCGCUGGGGUCGUCUCUUCAGCGAGGAUGCAGAUGUUGUCAGCACUGUCGCCAUGGUUUUGCCUUUGGUUGCGCUCUUCCAGAUCAGCGAUGGUCUUGCUGGUGUUGGCGGUGGAGUUCUCCGUGGUGUAGGAUUACAACAUCUCGGCGCUUACCUGAACGUGAUUGCCUACUACCUGGUGGCUUUCCCUGUCGGAUACCUCUUGGCGUUCAAGUUGCAGUGGGGUCUCAAGGGGUUGUGGUCGGCACUGUGUGUGGCCCUCUGGAUGGUUGGAUUGGGAGAGUUGUAUGUGAUCUUCAAAACAAACUGGAGGGCCGAGGUCGUCAAGUGCAAGGAGCGCAACGAUAUCCUUGCCAAGCGGGCCAGCGAAGAAGAUGAGGAGUAA